AUGGAGCCGGAGGAGGAGACCGAGCAGACGCUCAACUACGACUUCAACUACAACCUGGUCCUGUGCAAGUCCCUGAUGAACAAGCUGAGCCUGCCCCAAGAGAGGCAGCUGGCCACGGACUGGCUGCUCAAGCUGUCGACGUGCGGCACCACCAUGGACGAGAUGCGGCUGCGCAACAUGUUCGCCUACCUGCUGCUGCUCAGCCUGCAAGACGGCCAGCUGCGGCCGCCCUUCGACAGCGCGGCCCCCGCGGCGCCGCUACCCGCCCUGGAGCACCUGCUGCCCUCGGUGGCGUACGAGAGCGGGGACGACUUCGGCGACGCGAGCGGGCUGAGCGGCGGCUACUCCCACCGCGAGCAGAGCUAUGACGACGCCGACGGCUCCGGCGCGGGGGCGGGGCCCACCCGGCGCGCCUGCGACUACUCGCCCGACGGCGGCGAGUUCUUCGCGUCGCAGCCCGUGCCCCGAUGCGGGGCCUUCUGCUACCUGGCCGUCGUGGCGCGCCAGGACCAAUAGCCCCGACCUGACGUCCCCAGUGUCAUGUUGGUAGUGGCACUGCCUCAAGCGGCAACAAAACGCUUUCCUUCACAGCAUCUCAAAUGAUUUAAUAAUGAACACAUUCAGAGAAAAAAAAAAACUUGCUAGAUCCUUAACAACAUGUCAGCCUACAGAUAAAACUUCACCCACAAAUUUCCCGUAAGUCUGAUUGUAAUACAAGUCCUGAUUCG